AGAGAGAGAGAGAGAGAGAGAGAGAGAAUCCUGAGCAGGCUUUGCACUUCGAGCACAGAUCCUGAUGCUGGGCUCAAACGCACAAACCACGAGAUUGUGCCCUGAGCCGGAACCAAGAGUCAGAUGCUUAACCUCCUGAGCCACCCAGGCGCCUCCAUUUUCUUAAUGAUCCAUUGAAAUGAAACGUGAGCUGAAGAUAACCUAAAAAGGAAGAGAAGAAAUCAUUUUGUAGAUAAAGAGGUGGCAAACUGUGGCCUACACGUUAAAUCUAGCCCACCAUGUUUGUAAAUAAAGUUUUAUUGGCACACAGCCACAACCGUUCGUUUAUUUGUGGUCUGUGGCUGCUUUCAUGCUUUCAGGGGACCGUGUGGCCCCCGCAAGUCCAAUAUAUUUAUUGUCUUGCCCUUUAAGAAGAAGUCUGCCUGUCACAGAAACGGAGUUUGCCUUUUACAGAAAAAAAUCUGUUAGUUUUCUUAUCUUCUGUGGAGAAUAAAACACUGGAGAUAAUCCUGAAUGAAAAUGUCAUAUUCUAAGCUGAAGUGAGAUGCAGGUUCUGAUUUCAUGUGUGUUUUUGGUACUAUCAACAGCUUUUUUAUGUUUCACAGGUAUUUGUGAUCUUUAAAUAACUGAUGUGUUUGCUCGUAGUAGUCAGCCUGCGGAGUGGUAACUAGAAGGGAAAAAAUGUGAACUUUGGUACCCUUUGCAGCUGAUUGAGCUUUGACUUGAACGUUGAGUUAAAUCCUGCCAGGUUCUGACUCUUGCACUACACCCGUGGCCGCCCGAGCAGCUGUUUUAGGUGUGGGAUGACAACACCUGUGAGGACAUUGUGUUUCCACACUGGUUGCCACACGGUGGGGAUCCACGUGUGUCUGUUAGGAUGCCGUGUGAAGGAUGCAGCGCCCCAAACUGUCAGGAUUUGGACCCAGGCCGCAGCAUUCAGUCUGGGUUAAGUAAUGCUGUGAACCUGAGCCAGGGGUAUAUACAAUGACAUCACUGAGAACGGUGGGGAAGAAUGUUCCCGAUGAUUCUGCCAUUGCUGGUCUGCGUUCCGUUGAUUAUAUAACUCUUACUGUGCUGUGCAUGUUCUUCUUCUUAAAAUGGACAGAGCUUUGUCUCCUGCUCUGAGAUGCGCUGCUCUUGUUUACGAAACUAACGGGGAAAUUAUUUGUGGUUGAUAAAUGAGCUGCCACCAGGGAGACGCUGUGGCCAAGUGGUGUGAGUGUUGGCCUGGAAGGCAGGCGUUUUGCAUUCUGAUCCUGCCUCUGCGACACACUCCUCGCUCUGCGACCUCCAGGGAAACGGUGGUGUCUGUUUUCCCCGUCUGUACAGUAACACUCCCUAGAUGCGGCUGCACACUAACGUGUGUUUUGCACGGCCCAGAAGAUGUCUUAGAGUCUUGUUUGUUCUUAAAGCUGCAUUUUUUUUUUUUUUUUUUUUUUUUAUACAGGGCAGCUUGUUUGAGUUUACUUUUGUUACGCUUUCUGGGAAGAUCACUUUUCCAUCUUUUCUGCUAAAUGGAUUUGUCUCUUUCAACUUGCAGGAAGGGGUUUGAGGACAGGCAAAUUACUUUGCAGUCCACAAUAGGAGAGAAUUACGGCCUUGAAACCGAUAAUAUGAAGAACUUGGUUCUGAAACUGCGAGCAUCUUCCCACAACUUACAGAAUUACAUAAGUAGCUGGCGGAAAAGUCCGGCUUACGAUGGGGACACUUCCCACAAGCCCCCGAACGAACUCCUGACCUCUGUGGUGGAGCUAAUCGGUGCUGCUAAGGCCUUGUUAGCUUGGCUGGACCGGGCUCCAUUUACAGGGAUCACCGAUUUCUCAGUAACGAAGAACAAGAUCAUUCAGCUCUGCCUGGACCUGACCACUACAGUCCAGAAGGAUUGCCUUGUAGCAGAAAUGGAGGAUAAAGUUUUAGCCGUAGUCAAGGUUUUAAAUGGCAUCUGUGACAAAACAAUACGAUCUGCUACAGAUCCUGUUAUGAGCCAGUGUGCGUGUCUGGAGGAAGUUCACCUGCCAAACGUUAAGCCUGGGGAAGGCCUGGGCAUGUACAUCAAAUCAACCUAUGAUGGAUUGCACGUGAUUACUGGAACCACCGAGAAUUCUCCUGCAGACAGAUCUCAGAAGAUUCAUGCUGGUGAUGAAGUCAUUCAGGUUAAUCAGCAAACUGUGGUGGGAUGGCAGCUGAAAAACCUGGUGAGGAAGUUGAGGGAGAAUCCUACUGGCGUCGUAUUACUGCUUAAGAAGCGUCCCACGGGCUCUUUCAACUUUACCCCUGCCCCCCUGAAAAACCUACGGUGGAAACCACCGCUGGUGCAGGUAUCCGUUACUGGUUGUGAACUUCACCUGGUGUCAGCACGUGAACAGUGUCAUUGUUGUUGGCCUACAGAAGUGACAAAAUUGAAGACCUCACCUCCACCCACGACAACCCAGUCCCCUGAAAGCACAAUGGCUACCUCGCUGAAGAAGGAGAAGCCCGCCAUCUUGGAUCUUUAUAUCCCUCCUCCACCAGCCGUUCCCUACUCGCCCCGGGAUGAGAACGGGAGUUUUCUUUAUGGAGGAUUCAGUAAGUGUAAACAGCCCUUGCCUGGACCUAAGGGCUCAGAGUCCCCAAAUUCCUUCUUGGACCAGGAGAGCCGAAGACGGAGAUUUACCAUCGCUGAUUCUGAUCAGUUGCCCGGGUAUUCGGUGGAAACCAAUAUUCUGCCCACAAAAAUGAGAGAGAAAACACCGUCUCAUGGCAAGCCCCGGCCUUUGUCCAUGCCUGCAGACGGGAGCUGGAUGGGGAUCGUGGACCCUUUUGCCAGACCUCGAGGUCAUGGGAGGAAGGGUGAAGACGCCCUCUGCCGGUAUUUCAGCAAUGAGCGGAUCCCUCCCAUCAUCGAAGAAAGCUCCUCGCCCGCAUACCGUUUCUCAAGGCCCACAGGGGAGAGGCAGCUGGUCCGAGGCGCAGACUAUGUCCGAGGGAGCAGGUGCUACAUCAAUUCCGAUCUCCACAGCAGUGCCACGAUUCCAUUCCAGGAGGAAGGGACCAGAAAGAAGCCGGUGGCCGCGGAGGCCAAGUCCUCCUCUACAGAACCGUCCCUGCUGGUCAGCUGGUUUACCCGCCUGAAACUGUUGACUCACUGAACCCUGCCCUCCCUGGACUCUUCCCUGUCUCCUGUUCCCAAGUGCCUUGCUUCCUCAGUUGACAACCUCUUCUGGUUUUCAUCCACAGUAUUACGUAGUGACCUUAUGCAAUUUCAUUGUUGUUUUUUUCUUUUGGAAGUUGUAUACUGCCCUUCUUGGAAUCUCAAAGUCAUUGGAUGGGAACAGAUCCAGAGGAUCUUAGGUGUUGGCUUGUGGAGGCAGAAGGAAAGAAAUGAGUAGAGUCGGCUUUUCUUGCUUCCUUAGAGUUGGAACACAGAGAUGCUAUAUAAACCGGGGCCUUGGCCAGGGAUGGUAUGGCCAUUAUGAGGCCAUUGUCAGCUUGGGAGGCGGGGCUAAAAUUGGUGGCCCUUGUCACACAGAUGUGUUGGUUUGUGGUCCAGCUUCUUCACCUGAAAGAAAACCAAGGGAGAAAACAUUUUUGUGUUGAUUUUUCAAGCUAUGUACUGUAUUCGUAAGUGUAGCAGCUUUGACUUUGAAAUAACAUGUAGCAUGUAUUUCAUGCUGUUUCAAAGAAGUGGGUUAAGUGUAGGCCUGUUACACUUGGUCAUACCCUUGUCAUAACCAUCUCCGUAGAUAAGUCAAUUAAUGCAGAAACACGUGAACACAUUUAGAUAGGGCUUAUUACACACAAAGAAGUUCAUGGUUAUUUGUGAGGGGGGUGUUAUACGUUAUUGUCUUUAAGGGAAAGAAGCUAUAAGAUUUGCUGACAGCCAAAGUAUCAUGCAGAAAAAUGAAGCAACAAUAUUUAGGUUUAUGAGAGAUACAUCAGUUUGCAUUUUGACUGUUUAAUGCCUGUCUUCCAGAAAAAAAAAAGGCAGUUCUUCAAAAUUGUACAUAUUUGCUAAAUAGAAAUCUCUUGGAAAGUCUCACGGUCACUCAUUUUCAACUAGCAUCAGGUAUUUUGGAAAAGUGUGUCUGGAUAUUAACUCUUGUUUAAACUGAAUGUAUGAUAUUUUGUUAGAACAGAAAAGUACUAUCUUGUUAAUUUAAGUGUUUUAAAUAUAGUUGUAUAUUUUUCUUACUCUUA